CUGCUGCUGCUGCUGCUCCUGCUGUUGCUGCUGCUGCUGCUACUGCUGCUGCUGCUGCUGUUGCUGCUUUUGCUUUUGGGGCUGAGUUUAAUAAGCCAACGAGCGCAGGCGGGGAGGGGGUGUGAAAGGCAGAGAAUGUCCGCCAUCUACCCUCUGCUCCCGGGCCCGCUCUCACUCAUAUCAGCCUCUUCAUGAAUUACAGCUGAAGGGGGGCGGGGGAGGGGGUUAGCACACAACACCCCGGCAAAUCUCCGGGUCCCCAGGCAUGGCUAGCUCGUGUGCCGUGCAGGUGAAGCUGGAGCUGGGGCACCGCGCCCAGGUGAGGAAGAAACCCACGGUGGAGGGCUUCACUCACGACUGGAUGGUGUUCGUGCGCGGCCCGGAGCACAGCAACAUCCAGCACUUUGUGGAGAAAGUCGUCUUCCACUUGCACGAAAGCUUUCCCAGGCCAAAAAGAGUGUGCAAAGAUCCACCUUACAAAGUAGAAGAAUCUGGGUAUGCUGGUUUCAUAUUGCCAAUUGAGGUGUAUUUUAAAAACAAGGAAGAACCUAAGAAAGUCCGCUUUGAUUAUGACUUAUUCCUGCAUCUUGAAGGCCAUCCUCCAGUGAAUCACCUCCGCUGUGAAAAGCUAACUUUCAACAACCCCACAGAGGAUUUUAGAAGAAAGUUGCUGAAGGCAGGAGGGGACCCUAACAGGAGCAUUCAUACCAGCAGCAGUAGCAGCAGCAGCAGCAGCAGCAGCAGCAGCAGCAGUAGUAGCAGCAGCAGCAGCAGCAGCAGCAGCAGCAGCAGCAGCAGCAGCAGUAGUAGUAGCAGCAGCAGCAGCAGCAGUAGCAGCAGCAGUAGCAGCAGCAGCAGCAGCAGCAGUAGUACCAGUUUUUCAAAGCCUCACAAAUUAAUGAAGGAGCACAAGGAAAAACCUUCUAAAGACUCCAGAGAACAUAAAAGUGCCUUCAAAGAACCUUCCAGGGAUCAUAACAAAUCUUCCAAAGAAUCCUCUAAGAAACCCAAAGAAAAUAAACCAGUGAAAGAAGAAAAAAUAGUUCCUAAGAUGGCCUUCAAGGAACCUAAACCCAUGUCAAAAGAGCCAAAAGCAGACAGUAACUUACUCACCAUCACCAGUGGACAGCAGGAUAAGAAGGCUCCCAGUAAAAGGCCCCCCAUUUCAGAGUCUGAAGAACUCUCAGCCAAAAAAAGGAAAAAGAGUAGCUCAGAGGCUUUAUUUAAAAGUUUUUCUAAUGCACCACCACUGAUACUCACUUGUUCUGCUGACAAAAAACAGAUAAAAGAUAAAUCUCAUGUCAAGAUGGGAAAGGUCAAAAUUGAGAGUGAAGCAUCGGAGAAGAAGAAGUCAACAUUACCACCAUUUGAUGAUAUUGUGGAUCCCAAUGACUCCGACGUGGAGGAGAACAUGUCCUCCAAAUCUGAUUCGGAACAACCCAGUCCUGCCAGCUCCAGCUCCAGCUCUAGCUCCAGCUUCACGCCGUCCCAGACCAGGCAACAAGGUCCUUUAAGGUCUAUCAUGAAAGAUCUGCAUUCAGACGACAAUGAGGAGGAAUCUGAUGAGGCAGAGGAUAAUGACAAUGACUCUGAAAUGGAGCGACCUAUAAAUAGAGGGGGCAGCCGAAGUCGCAGGGUCAGCUUGAGUGAUGGCAGUGAUAGUGAAAGCAGUUCUGCUUCUUCACCCCUACAUCAUGAACCUCCACCACCAUUAUUGAAAACUAACAACAACCAGAUUCUCGAAGUGAAAAGUCCAAUAAAGCAAAGCAAAUCUGAUAAGCAAAUAAAGAAUGGUGAAUGUGACAAGGCCUACCUAGAUGAGUUGGUAGAACUCCACAGAAGGUUAAUGACACUGAGAGAAAGACACAUUCUGCAGCAGAUUGUGAACCUUAUAGAAGAAACCGGACACUUUCAUAUCACAAAUACAACAUUUGAUUUUGAUCUUUGCUCACUGGACAAAACUACAGUUCGUAAAUUACAGAGUUACCUGGAAACAUCUGGAACAUCCUGAGGAAACAACCACUGGAUGCAUCAAAAACUACUUUUUUGGUUGUUUGUGACUUUUUGUUGUUGUUUAUAUGAAAACACUUGGAACAAUGCAACCAAAAGGGAAAAAAGAAAAAGCAAACAACCUUCAGCUUUAUUUUUCUUUAAAGCCAGUCAUCAUCUCUUGAUAAAGGAGCAGUUACGCAAACCAGCCUCAGUGGACCACUCUUCUCUCCGAGGAAAUCCCCAGGAAGAGUUAGCCUGGAUAGCCUUGAAAACAAACAAAGCAAACAACACAAGAAAACUUAAAGAAUGUGUAUGGUAUCGUGUAUCUUUCUGUGGUGGUUCAUUCCACAGGAUGAAUGCAUAUUCAACACACUGCCUUAUUACAUAACUGAUCUAUUUAUUAUCUCGUACAGAUAUUCUAAAGUUGUAAGGGAAUGACACCACCAGACAUUAGAAGUACUUGGUCCCAUGGAUGCUCUUUCAAUGCAGUGCCCUUGCCGUCCCAAGCCCAGUGACCUUACUCGUAUACCGUGCCACUUUCCACUAACUUUUUCCAAGUUCUUUAACUUGUUGCAGUCUGUGUUUUUCAACUUUUGUUUUACCAGUUCCAGGACACAGUUGUCAACUGGGGGACCAAAUAGCCACCUUGAUUUUCAUCUUUGCAGUCUUUUUCCCUAAAAGUUGGGGCCCAGUCCUUGGCUGUAUCCAUGUAAUGAUCUUGGACCAUGGUAGAAAAUGCACCAAAUAGCAUCAUAUGGAUUACUGUCUAGCCUUAGUCAAUAAACCUGUAGGACUUUUAACAAAAGUGUACCUGUAUUAUCCUCAAUCCAGCACUGUUGAGCUGUCAUCAACAUUCUUGUGUCUGUUUUACUGUUGCAAUAUUAGGUGAAUAGGGAAGUAAAGGCAUUCUGCAGGAUCAUCAGUUUAAAAAAGAGGAAUUCUGGGCCUGUUUUCUGAAGUAUUAUAGACACUCUUAAUUUGGAUAUAUUUAUUAGUGAGAGUUUGAGCUGUCUUCACCUGCCAGUGUGGCACUCAUCCACCCUCCCCCAAAAAACUCCAAAAGACCCCCCCCAAAAAAAAAUCCCCAGGAAUCGUAUUUUUGUUUGUUCUUGUGUGAUUCUCUUAGACUCUUAUCUUUGAAAAAUUAAAAUCUUUCUUUGGGAGAAAUUCUUGGUUAUUCUGCCAUGACAGACUAUGUAUUAACAUGUAGAUUCAGUGGUUUGGUGCCUGUUUGGUCUCUUGCUGAUGUUUUCGGAAGGAUUUCCUGUAAAGGUGGUUGGGAGGGGGGAGUUUUUGUUCAUGUUGUACCUUUGUUUUGAAACUAGAAAUUUGUUCUGUAGCAUGCAAAAGAAAGUGAAUUAUUUUUAAAAGGAAAAAAAAAAACCGAAGUACUUUUAGUGUCAUUAUUCUACAUACUCCAUAAAUGGAGGAAUUAAAAGUUAGAACAGUUCACCUUCCAAGUUUUACUAGAACUCAACUGAAAAGGAAAAAAAAAAGAGAAGAAGAAAUAUUUCUGGAUCCAAAGGUUUGUCACUGGAUCAGCCUUAAAGUCUCUACAUGUGCUAACAGCCCAGUGUCCCCACAUCUGUUCCCCAUGACAGAUACUGUCCAUUCAGAGCUUAACCAAUGUCUGUACAGAAAUGAUCUUUCCGGACCCAUUCUUUUGGGUAGUAAUGUAAAUGCAGAUCAAUAAUGGAACAAUUUCUGCAUUUUAAAAAGAUGUUUUUACACUGUUUCUAUCCAAAGAAACACUUUCUCUCUCUC